AAUUAAAUUAAAGAAACCAAACGGUGCCUUUGAAUCUCUGCUCUGCUGCAUCAUAAUUAUCCUCUUUCUAACUCUCUCCUAUUUUUCCGUGUGUGUGCACAAAAAAAUUUAAAUUUUAAAACUUUAAUUGAAAUUCGAUACCCCUUUAUUCUCUGAAACUGCUACAACUCCUCUUUCUCUUUCUCUUUCUCUCCGUCUAAGAGUUCUUUGAUUUUUCGUUACUUCACAAUGGCCUUGUCGGAUUUCAUAGCCUUCUUUCGUUUUCAGUAUCUUACAACCCGCCUUCAGGUCCGUACACGCUAAAGUUCUUCACUUUUUAUCUUAAUAUCAAUUGGGUAUAGUAGAAAUGUCAACUUUCUGUGAAAAAAAUUCGCCCUUUAUAGAUAUAAUCAUUUUGUUUUUAACUUUUUAUGAGUUUUGAAUGCAUGGAAUUAAAUUAACUUUGAUUUAUAUUCAUUUCCAUUUGAAAUCUAUGCGUUUUGAAUCCAGGUUAACUCAAUUUAGUUUGAAAUCACUCAUUGGCUUUACCUCAUAACAUCCUUUUGAUUUUUUUUUUUUUCUGUAUCUUUCAUGAGAAUUGUGAUUCAUUUACGGGUAGCAGGCUAUGUUAAUCUGUUUUUGAUUGGAUUGGCUUAACUUUGAAGCUUACAGUUGUGUAUUGAAUUUAAUUGGAUUAUCUUGUUUUGUGGUGAUUUUAUGGAAUUCCUGAACCAAAUUGGUGUUUAAGACUUCUCUUUGAGUGUGUUUACUGUUUUUGACGGAGACAUGCUAUUGCAUAUGGCUCUGGAGACACUGCCAUUCGUGCUGAAUUAAACUGAUUCAAACUUUCAGGAAUAUUUGAGAUGCUCUGUGUGCUAUACACAUAGAGGAUUUGCCAGGUUCUUAAACCACAGAAAAUUUUUUAAGUGUAGCAAAGCAAAUCACAGUAAUUUUUUGCAACAUUUUGCCCCCCGAAAUUGCUUUCUUCGGGGUUUACCUAGGAGGCUAGGAUUUAUCAAGCAGGAUGCCGCGGAUCUCUGCUGCGGCUGGGGCUCACUUUUCAUCCGUUAAUUUACCAUUGAUAGACACAAAUGGAGAGGAACUCAGAGUGAGGGAAGUCCAGCUUGGUUCACAUACUGUGAGUUCUCAUGGAUAUGCAGUUGCGAGAACACACAAGCAUGAUUGGCUCAUCCUAUUGCUCCUUGUGUUGAUUGUGGCCAUCCUGGACAUUAUCCAUCCUUUCUAUCGCUAUGUCGGGAAGGAUAUGAUGACUGACCUCAAAUAUCCACUCAAGAGUAAUACAGUCCCUGUUUGGGCCGUUCCUUUAUAUGCAGUUUUAUUGCCUAUGGUGAUCUUUCUUGUUGUCUAUAUCCGAAGGAGAGAUGUCUAUGAUCUUCACCAUGCCAUACUGGGUCUGUUAUUCUCCGUUUUGGUAACAGCAGUAAUCACUGAUGCAAUAAAGGACGCAGUUGGUCGACCUCGACCAGACUUCUUUUGGCGAUGUUUCCCAGACGGAAAGGAUGUUUAUGAUACUUUGGGAAAUGUAGUAUGCCAUGGUGACAAGAACAUCAUAAAGGAAGGACAUAAGAGCUUCCCAAGUGGCCAUACUUCAUGGUCAUUUGCUGGUCUAGGGUUCUUAUCAUUGUACUUAUCUGGGAAAAUUAAAGCAUUUGACCGCGCAGGCCAUGUAGCGAAACUUUGCCUUGUUUUUCUACCUCUACUUUUUGCGUCGCUCGUUGGUAUUUCUCGAGUUGAUGAUUAUUGGCACCACUGGGAGGAUGUGUUUGCCGGAGGUCUUCUAGGUCUUAUAGUAGCUACAUUUUGCUAUUUGCAGUUUUUCCCCCCUCCUUAUCAUUCUGAAGGAUGGGGACCUUAUGCUUAUUUUAAAAUGUUGGAAGAAGCAGGAGGUAUGACACAAGCUCAUAGUGCUCAAAAUGUUGGUCAACAAGGCCAGUCAACAGAGUCUCAGGCUGAGAACAACCAUGGGUGUAUGGGUUUAACUUUAGCACGGAAUCAAAGCUCAACAUUCAAUGACAUUGAAUCUGGAACAAGAUAGAUAAACCACUUUCUAAAUCAGAUCCUACUAGUACAUACUAUAUCCUAGAAUGUUACCACUUACCAGAAUUAAGUUGACUAAUUCAGUUCUGCUGAAUCUUAAUUAGUUUUCUACUCGAUAGUCACUAGUAAUUACCUUGUAUUUCGUUAGAAACUUGAAGGGAAAAUUUGUUUGAACCAAAUUGAUCAUUAAUACUAUGCAUUUUGAGUUUUGACUAAUAAAAU